AACAAAUUAAAGUUUUAGGUGAGUCGGCGCGUGAUCAGGGCUAGAGUUGGCAGACUUCAUUUCUGUUUUUGUCAGCCAACCUAUGUGCCUCCCGUGGAGGUCCCGGAUAUGUCAAGUGAUUAUCGCUAUGUGAGUCGGUGCGUGAUCAGGGCCAGAGUUGACGGCCUUCAUUUCUGUUUUUGUCAGCCAACCUAUGUGCCUCCCGUGGAGGUCCCAGAUAUGUCAAGUGAUUAUCGCUAUAAACCAACUAUGGUUCUGAUGAGAGAGAUCAAAGAUGAUCGUGGUGGAUUUGGUCAGAGACGAUCAUGGUGGAAACAAACAACAACAAACAUGUGCUUCACCAGCUCACCAUUAGCGACUGAGCCGCUGACCUACUAUCGUCAAUCAUCAGAUCUUUGGUGGUGUCUACGGUGGAAGGAGAAGGAGGAGGAAGGUUUCUGCAAUGGCGAGUGGAUCUGUAGAUUUGUAAACUCUUUCUCCGAGCCUUUUUUGAAUCGCCUCCGCUGAUGGCCUUCGACCUUCGAGAAGGCGACCUCUUCGUCAUUGUAGCAUUCUUCACUGUCGCCGCUCGAGUUCUCUUGAAAAUCGUCGUCUCCGUUGAGAUCCACGUACCGCCGUUGGGUUCAGUUCUCUACUCUCUCUCCGUCACGCCGUCGUCGAACGUAGAAAAUUUCUUUUCAUAUUCUUUUCCUCUCUUUUCUCUCUCUUACUCUCUCUUUCUUCUCACUGUCUUCUCAGAUCUGGAUCGCCUUUGAGCUCUAGAUCGCUGAUCACGCCAUCUUACCAGUUAAGAACUCUCUCUGUGGCAGAUCUGGGCGGUGGUAAGGGAGUAGAGAGGCGCUACGGAAAGAGAGAGAGAGAGG